UUUGCCACUACAAGCAGCCGCUGGGCAGCUCUCCAAUCUCGAGACCCCGCUGCAGCCAACGCAUUCAUUUACAGUGUCACUACAACCAAGAUCUAUUGUCGACCGACUUGUCCUUCGCGUCUUGCUCGACGAGCCAAUGUUGUCUUUCACAGUAGUCCGUCUGAAGCUGAAGCAGAUGGGUUUCGUCCUUGCAAACGCUGUCAUCCCGAGGUCACCGCGAAUGACGGCGAUUCCCAGAAACAAGCCGUUGCGAAAGCUUGCGAAUUAUUGAAGAAAGAUGGUGAAAAUGGGACUAAAAUGCCUGUCAAGACUUUGGCAGCCAAGGUGGGGUUUACAGAGUGUCAUUUCUGUCGAAUAUUCAAGAAGGUCAUGGGCGUCACGGUCGGAGAGUAU